AAGAAUGAUUUGAAAUUUUUGAAUAUGAAUUUUUAAACUACUUACUACUUUUGGUUGUAUGUUCGACGACCACGACUAAUUCUGCAAGAACAAGAUGGAGGUGUCGCUGCGAAGGCGACGAGGAUCAACUUUUUGAACUAGUGGUGCCUAAGCCGCAAAAGACGAGGGAGAGACGAAGCUCAACACGACGCGAGGCAUCCACGGAGCCAACCAGGAGCAGACGCCCCCGGUUCUAGGGGCAGAAGUUCCCCACCCUACUAGGGAAAUUCCGGAGCGUUGAAGGACCGACCUCAAGUGUUCAACUCGUCAUUCCUGAAGACUUCGCAUCCUCGUCAAGUUCAAAACUGAUAAAGAUGUCAUUGUCAAGAGCAGCAUUUCCUGACGCCUCCGUUGACGUGGCAGCUGCACGUCCUUCCUCCUGCCUCGACGUUCCGAAUUCCUCCGCUGACGUGGCAGCUGCACGUCCCCCCUCCUGCCUCGACGGCGUGCAGCAGCUUCUACCGUGCUGCUGCAGUGCUGGGACUGCGAAAGAAGCCUCUGCGACUGGAGCACUAUGGAUUCAAAUUAUCCUCUGAGUCUGAGGUUGAGAAGAUACUCAUUGAUUUUGUUUUUAGCUGCCGAGACAAGCACAUCGAUCAAAAAAUGACUACGCGGUUGUUCAUUUUAGAUGAAUCUAUCAUUUCUCGAAGUCGUCCCUCCUCUAAUCGUAGCAGAUGAAUCUAUCAUGAUUUCUCGAAGUCGUCCCUCCUCUAAUCCUAGUAGGAGGACCAGCAGCAGCUGAAAACAAGACAUCAUCUCCCUUGCCACCUGGAAAAUUCAAUGUUGGAGCGGUUUCGGCGCUUUACCUAGAUCGCAGUGAUAAGAAUUUGCCCUUGCGAGCGUCAGGCGUCGUGCCGCCUCAAAGUAGACCUUCCGAGAGUGGACAUCAUGGGAAACGAUGCGAGGUGGCUGAUUUAACAACCGGACAAGCAACCAACGGAACAAGCGCAGCAGCUCAUGCAGACUCUCGUCGAAUCACGCAGCAACUAAAUAAUCCUGGACAUACACGUAGUCGCGAAAUUGUCGCUGUGGAUCACGACGAAUCUCAACGAGCACGUUUGAGGAAUGCCCUUUCAUCUCUCGGUCCUCAAGUGUUGCAGGAUUUAUCCCAAGCAAAAGCGUCAGAUCUGGUCUUGGUUCCUGCCACUGCUAGUAAUUUGACAGCUUCUGGUGCUUCAGCACGUCGACAACAUCAACAGACUUUUUCAGCAACAGCAACAUCUUCAGGAGCAGUUGGAGCUGUGAAAAGAAUCCUAAAGAUUCCCACCGCAACUACAACUUCUACAAACACAUCUUCUGGAGGAUCUAGUAACAAGAGCUCAACAUACGCAUACCCGCCAACAUCGUCUUCAACUUCAUCUUCUUUCUCCUCUAAAGUAGAGUCUUCGAUUCACAAGAUACUGGCUUUUAGGCCACCUCCUCUUUCCUUGAACAUUGGAUCUCGAGCCUCGUCUCAGGGAUCGGCGUCGAGUCUCGAGCAGGCGGCGAUGCUCACGGCGCGAAGCGGGACCAGUAGUCGCGCGAGCAGUAGAGAUGACCAUCUACUUCCGGCGGGAGUUGUGGGUGGGGAAAACAAGAACAAUAAUUUGAUUAUUGAGGUGAAUUUAUGGUCCUCGUUCUUCGGUUCGUGUACUAUUCUGCUUUUCCUUUUGUUGUAUUUCAAGAAAUGAGAAGAUCUUCAGUGGAAGAUGAAGUAGUUGAAGGAGCAAGAUACUAGGAUGCCGCUUUGUACAUGUUGGUUCAGGAAGCAUCGAUAUGGAAAUAGGCUGAAUGACCUCAUCACUGCUUGACCAUAUUGUAGCUCGCGAGGUAACAUGACAUGACAUGAAUACGAGAGGACGGCACAACUUUCACAACUCUAAUCCUCGACGGUUCCUCCUCUCGCCGACCUUCCGGGUCUGGCGCUCUCGCAGAUCUGAUGCGACAGCUGCCACCUUUGAAAGUUCUAUCAACGCAGAGCGCGAAACAGGCGUCUCCACGCUUUCAUAAUCCAACACCUCGUCUUCUACAGUUAGACAGUAGCAAAAUGCAACUCAAAACCGUCCACAGCCAGGGCCAUAAUUCCCAACAACAUCAAGAUCACCUACAGCAGAACAAUCUCCAAGUUAAUACAACUACUAUUUCUUCAUCAACAAGUAGUACAAGAAGAACAAGAAGAGCAACAAACGGACGAAAUCCAAAGGGCACGCCUUCUCCAAAAAACGCGUUACCGACACCUAGGUUGCGAUGGGACUCGCCGGCUGACAUUUGGCAGUUUGAUCCUCCUGUGCCUCAAGACGUGAUCGAUAAAACGCUUGCGCGUGGGCGAGCUUCAUGGUUGAGGAGUAAGGCGAGGAAGGUGAGGAGUAAGGCGUGUUUUUUAUGUGGUCUUCAGGAGUGUUCUUUAUGUGGUGUGCUCCUGUCGUCCCUUCUGCUGGUCUUAAGUACUUAUACUUUGAUGUUCUCGUCAGCAAAUGACGAGCUCUCCUUCUCGCCGCGAUCAGUUGUUCGAAUGCUUUGCGUUCAAUCCGUGUAGACCACACAUGUUGGUGUCAAACCCGGUGCACUCAUGCUCCUGCACAGAUUCCUCCUAGGCAUCAGCUCACCACUUUCAUCAGAAUCGAUUCUAUUGAAAUCCAAUAUAAGUAAUCUACUUCAACCAGUUCUUCUUCUUACUUCUAUCUAGUUGUAUCACAAUCACAUCUACUUCAACCAGAAGUGCUCAACACUUCUAUCUAGUACCUCUACUAUCACUCUACUACAACAGAUCCGCAAAAAGACCGCGGCGAUCCAAGGCUACAUAGCUGACCACGCUUCGCUUAUCGGCAAGAAAGGGAGCAAGAAUUAAGGCUCAGCUUUCAAUGGUCAUUGGGGUUGGUCACUGAGAUCCCUCUUGAGAGAACAGGGGAAAAUGAAGGAAAAGCAAAGGGAGAGGCAUGGGGCCCAUUUCUUUCAGAGUCAGUGACCAUUGAAUGCUGAGCUUUAAAAGAAGUCGAUGAAGGCCAAGUCCAAGUUCGAGAAACUUCAGGAGCAAACAAGAGUGCUUGACAAAGAUGCGAGUCAAAGUCAGACUAGUUCACCCGAUGCAGCCGCGAUCGAACAAGCCGCCAACAGCAUCAUGCUAGAAGUGGGAGGAGGUGUCAGGCCAUCGCCGGGUCAGCAUCAAUUAUGUUGACUUGUUAUACCCUAAAAAUUCAUGUUGAUCAUUGACUUGUCGUGUGUUAGACCCUAAUUGUAAUUCAUCUUCAAGUUCAAAUAAAUCCUUCCUCCCAGGGAAGCAACAAGGCGCCAAGGAACCCUAAUUCAUCUUCAAAUAUAUCCUUUCUCCCGGGCUCUAACUCAAGGGAGCACAGCCUCGUCAUCUUCGACGAAUAUAGCGAUGAAUAAAAUGCGGGAAGAGCGUAUAAGGAGUAUAGGAGCUGGCGGAGGAGCACCGGAAAGCAAUAAAGCAAGAGGCUUUGGGAUUCCACUACCACCACAUGAUAUGGCAAUGAUCAUCAUGCCAUAAUUGACAUUGAAUUAGAAUAGAACAAGUCCUCUCGGUCUUUUGACUUCAUGACCUUCUCUCCGCGUUUGCUUUUCCACACUCAACUGUUCUUCUAACACAAGCGCCGGACGCGGGGAGCCAACCUCACCCAUUCUCCAGCACCAAAACGGACUCCGAUUCGCUGCUCAGCAUGCUAGUCCAGUCUAUAGUGAAGGAACAGCAGGUGGCUGGGCUAGUUGCAACGACAUGGAGGAUGAAGGAGGUGAAGCGGAAUCCGAUGAGGAGGAAGAGGAAACUUCUUCUGAGGAAGAGGAAGAAGAUGGAGGAGUAUGGCUCAAUUUUCAUUGGUCAUUGAUGGGGUCGGUCUCUGACAUCACAAAGAGGAGAUGCCGUGAGUGAACAAAGGAAAAGUGAGGGAAAAGGAGAAAGCUCUGUAAGGCGCCUUGUCCCUUCGGCAUCAGUGACCAAUGAAUGUCGACCUUCUAAGAAGAGAUGAAAUCUUGGGCUACAAUGGGUUUCUGGAUUUGCGGCAGGAAGUGCGAGAGUUGAUCUUCCGAGAGUUGGAUGAUGGUAACAAGGCAGUGGUUUGCAAUUGCAACUUGAUCUUGAGGUUCAUCGAUAGAAUAUUUUUGAAUACUGUAAACCUUUACAACCAUGUUGUCGAAUAUUCAAAACCAGAUUUGUAGCAGGCAUGCAAGCAGUAGAUGUUUGUGAAUUAUUAUCAAUCCCAAGAACAUGACUUCUCAUUUUCAAUUUCACGUGCUUCGACUCACAAUCUCAACUACAAUCCUAAAAAACCCGCCUCAAACCCACAGAAAAAAUCGCUAUCAUCAAGCAACUCAUUCACGACUUGGACAGUGGGUCUAUUCAGAGGAUAAAUCCGCAUAUGACAAGAGAUUUAGUGAUCAGUUUCUGUCAUUAUGGUCAGCUUUUUUCCAUCGUUCUCGGCAUCUUGGUCCCCUUUAUUUGUUCCACUGUAUUCUUCUCAUGAAAUUUACAAGCUAAAAGGGAUCCGCCCAAGAAAAGGGGGGCCGAGAAGAUGUAAUCUAGCAGACUCUAAUGUAAGUUUUUCGGUGGCGCAGAGAGUGGGUGCAUGCGAUUCUUGAAAGUGACUGGGUGGAACAGGCACAAAGCCAUGGACCGAAUUGCCAGAGCAACGCUUUGGCGCCAUUUCGAGAUGCCGAAGCUGGAUGCUAGAGCAAGAAACGUUUUAGACGAAUUCAACGCAGAUCCGAAGGAUGGAUGCUUUCCAUGUACUACUACUGGAUCCGAACUGAAAGCUGCUAGCAUCUUCUUCAUAUUGCCUAGCUAUUUUUGCAGUGGGCUUGUUGCAUUUACAUCUACCUAUCUAUCAGUAACUCGACAUCCAUCUAACCACUACGAUCUGAUGGCUGCCUCGCAAAGCUGUGAUCUAUCAUAACUCCAGAGACUGGACUCUGGGGAUUUCUCCGUUCAUAGCACCAGCAAAUACACCAAUCACUCCUCACUCAGGUGCCGGCUCUUAUUACAAAGAUCGAGAGUAUUGCGCCUAUGAUGGUAGCCCGAUCGAGCUGUGGCGCACGUGUAAAAUCAAUUUCAACAAGGCAUUUGGCCGUUAUAGCGAAUUAGAACUCGAGUUGGCGUAUGUUCACUACGUGUUGCGGAAAGAAGCCACAUGCCGAAGGUGCAAAGCUCAGGGAGUAUUUGCGUUGAUUGUUAUGGGUGGAGGAUCUUCGGACUAGUUGAAAAUAGUGACAAUGUGAUAGACAUUUUGAUGAUAGACACUUUGAUGAUAGACAUUUUUGUGAGCAGUAAAGCUCAAACCUUAAAUCCUUCUUCUCUAACCUCCAUUGCAAAAACACCUCUGUCGCUUCCAUCGCCUGGCAGACGUCCAAACUCCGCGUGAUGACCACGUUUAUGGCGAAAUAUGGCGAACAAUUCUUUCCAGAUUCGAUAUCCAAGGCGUUGGUUUACAACGCUCCUAAGGGUGCGGACUUCAUUUGGAAACUAUUUUCUAGUGCCUUGUCAGCAGCGACAAGGGAACGUGUGCAGGUGAUAAGUGGCGAUGGGAAGGAAGAGAUAGCAAAAUUGAUGGAUCCAAGGGUGGUGAAACAGUUGGAGGAUUUGCUGCCGGAUUGA